AUGGGCACGUACGUCGAAGACUACCUGGAGAGCAUGUACAUGUUGCCGUCAGAGAUCAAGCGCAACUUCGACCUCAUGCGGGACCUGGAUAAGACGUCCUACCCGCUCUUCGAAGACCUAAAGAAAGAGCAGAAAGCGUACUUAAUCGACUCGAGACAAAAGGUGCUCGCGCGGUGCAACGACACGACGAAAAGCGAACCUACGGAGCAAGAACUGCGAGAGCUUAUUGGUGCCAAGGAACGGCUGGAGAGUUUGGAAGAGAAACAUGCUUUAGUGGUGCAGAAGCUGGACGAGAAGAUUGCAAUUGCAGCUCAGAGCUACGACAUUGUGGACCACCACAUCCGUCGACUCGAUAGAGAGCUGGAAAGCUAUGCGGCCCUGUUGAAGGCUAAUGGAGAGUACCAGGAAGACAGCCGACCUCAACGCAAGAAGCAAAAGGUAGCUGCUACGACAGUGCACCAAGUGCAAUACAACAGUCAGGGUCAUGCAACCCCUCAAAUUGCCAAUGUCCGGAGCAAAAACAGUGUAGUGUCAGCUUCGGGUACUGGCACAAAGGACAAAUCGUCGACCUCUGUGGGGCCAAAAUCCUCUAGCGGAGGGAACUCGUCUUCGAGGAAGAGAGUAGCCGCUGAAACCACUGUGAUAGACCCGGUUGCGUCUGAGUCGAUGCUGCUGGCCUCGGAGGAUUUGCCAAUUGAUCCAAACGAGCCUAUUUAUUGCGGUUGUCGUCGCGUGUCGUUUGGACAAAUGGUGGGCUGCGACAACGACGACUGCAAGUACGAGUGGUUCCACUUCAGUUGUGUGGGACUCACGGAUCAGCCGCAAGGCAAGUGGUACUGUCAAGAUUGCAAGACUCAGCUGGGGAUCAAGUAA